AUGAAGCUCCUCGUGACCGCUACCGCUCGUCCGGCGUUAGCCGCGCGCGCGCUGCCGCUCGUCCCGCGCCGACCGUCGCGCGCUCUCCACAGCUCUCGUCCGCUUCUGGUGCAGUCGUUUGACGACGCGGGUAUGCCGCGCCUGCAAGACACGCCUGCGAACCUUGGCGUGCUCAUUGUGCCACAGCAGCGCGCGUGGGUCGUCGAGCGCUUUGGCAAGUUCCACGACGUGCUGACGCCUGGUCUGCACUUCCUUAUCCCGUUGGUCGACCGCAUUGCCUAUGUGCACUCGCUCAAGGAAGAAGCGAUCAAAAUCCCGGGGCAGACAGCCAUCACGCGGGACAACGUGACGAUCAGCAUCGAUGGCGUACUGUACGUGAAGAUUAUUGAGCCGUACAAUGCCAGCUACGGCGUCGAGGACCCGCUCUAUGCGGUCACGCAGCUUGCACAGACGACCAUGCGGUCCGAGCUCGGAAAGAUCACGUUGGACAAGACGUUUGAAGAACGCGAGUCGCUCAACUUGAGCAUUGUCGAAGCGAUCAACCAGGCGUCCGAGGCCUGGGGCAUCAAGUGUCUGCGGUACGAGAUCCGUGAUAUUGCUCCACCGCGCAGUGUGAAGGCUGCAAUGGACAUGCAAGCUGAGGCUGAGCGUCGGAAACGAGCCGAGAUUCUGGAUUCUGAAGGCGAGCGCCAGGCGUACAUUAAUGUAGCUGAAGGCAAGAAGCGUGCUGCUGUCUUGGAAGCAGAAGGAGCGGCUGCAGCCAUUUUGGCAAAGGCAAAAGCGUCGGCUGAAGCGAUUCAGCGGCUUUCGAACGUUAUCCAGGAGACAGGUGGCCGCGACGCAGUGGCACUUCAGGUGGCGGAAAAGUAUGUGGACGCGUUUGGUAAUAUCGCCAAGGAAGGCACGACCGUGCUGCUGCCGUCAAACGUCAACGACCCUUCUAGCAUGGUUGCGUCAGCUCUCUCUAUUUUCGGAAACAUCCAGAAACAGAACAGCAAGGAAGCUGCUCGUCUUACGGACAAGUCGGGCCAUCAGGAUGCUGAAGGAAAGCUCGGCGAGUAUACACUGGACAGCGUCGACACGGAGUCGACCUAG